GGGGCGCGCGCGGCGGCGGCGCGUUCCGUUCCGGGCUGAGGCUCGCGGCGGAAAAGUUGUGGGGCAGAGAGGAGCGGCCCCGGGACGGGCAGAGAGCGGGACGCCGAGCCGGCUCCCGGCGCCCGCGGUCCCGCCAUGGACGACCUCGACGCCCUGCUGGCAGACUUGGAGUCCACCACCUCCCACAUCUCCAAACGGCCCGUGUUCUUGCCCGAGGAGACCCCCUACUCAUACCCAACUGGAAACCACACAUACCAGGAGAUUGCCGUGCCACCGCCUGUCCCGCCACCCCCGUCCAGUGAGGCCCUCAAUGGCACGGUUCUUGACCCCCUAGACCAGUGGCAGCCCAGUGCCUCCCGAUUCAUCCACCAGCAGCCUCAGUCCCCGUCACCCGUGUACGGCUCCAGUGCCAAAACUUGCAGCGCCUCUGUCCCCCAGGACGGCGCCGGCCCCCCGUGUUCCCGAGCCGCUGAGGAAGAGCACGUCUACAGUUUCCCCAACAAGCAGAAGUCGGCCGAGCCUUCACCCACGGUGAUGAGCUCCUCCCUGGGCAGCAACCUUUCUGAACUCGACCGCCUGCUGCUGGAACUGAAUGCGGUGCAGCAUAACCCCCCGGGCUUCCCUGCAGAUGAGGCCAACUCAAGUCCCCCGCUGCCUGGGGCUCUGAGCCCCCACUAUGGCAUCCCAGAGAAUAACAGCCCACUGGGAGGCAAAGCCGGGCCUCUGACGAAAGAGAAGCCCAAGCGGAAUGGGGGCCGUGGCCUGGAGGAUGUACGGCCCAGUGUGGAGAGUCUCUUGGAUGAACUGGAGAGCUCCGUGCCCAGCCCCGUCCCUGCCAUCACUGUGAACCAGGGUGAGAUGAGCAGCCCUCAGCGAGUGACCUCCAGCCAGCAGCAGACACGCAUCUCAGCCUCCUCAGCCACCAGGGAGCUGGACGAGCUGAUGGCCUCCCUUUCGGAUUUCAAGACCAGCUCCUCUGCUGUGGCCUUGAGCUCCCUGGGGCUGCCUCCCAAACCGGCUCCAUCCCCACAUCACAUACCUUCUCCUCCUCCUCCUGGGCUCUCUGUAUUCUUGCCAUCCACUACUGAGCUCCCCUCUGGAGGCCAUGCUCCCACCCAGGAGAUCCUCUGCUUGGAGGACCAGGAUAAUGGGUGGGGCCUUCUACCUCCUGUGGCUCCCAGCUGGCUUGAUUUGGCUGGCCUCCAGGCGACACCUGACACUCCCGGCUCAAGGUCUCCCUCUGUGGAGGGUUCUCUGGGGCCGUUUGAUGCAGAGAGCCAGGCUCAGGUUGGGAGAAACCUACCAAACCUUACAAAUGAGCUUUCCAGGGCGCCCCCCUGCCACACACCACCCCGCCAAGCUGGGUGCGCAGGUUCCCAGGAGCUGUUGGCUAACCCCUUGUACCCAGAGGAAGCCAUGGCUGCCGCUCGGGAGCAGCUGUGGGCUUUGGAGGUGCCCAGGCCUGAGAUCCCCGGCGGAGCCACACCCAGCUUCCAGGAAGUACCUGAGCCAGCUGUCGUGGCUGGGGACCGGCAGGCUAUCUUCCCAGACACCUGGAAUCUCACAAAGGAAUGUGGACAGCGGGAGCGGAGGGCAGAGCCAGAGCCAGGGGAGCCGGAAAGCAGCCGCCCGGCCCCAGUUGACGAGGAGCAGUUAGGUGGACAGACACCCAUGAGGGGAAGGCUGGUCAGGCCCACCCAGGGACCCGACACCCCCACGCGGCCAGAGGGCGCCACCGAAGCUGCUGCCGAGGCCAGGAGGGGACAGCCGGAGCUUCCACCUGCCAUGGUCAUGGACACGCCCAGCACGACUGAGAGGAUUUGCACCUCUGGCCAGAUCCGCUCUGUGAUCAGGAGGAGCCGGGAGACGGGCCGCGCACACCCCAUGUCCCGGGAGCCCUCCCCUCGCCGCCGGCUGGACCCCGCCACCCUGAGCAGAAUCCCCUCCCAGGAGCGGCUCAUCGCAGAGCUGCAGGGUCGGCUGGGCAUCCAGCCGGAGGCAACCGGGGCAGCAGGGGCAGCGGGGGCCCCCGCCGAGGACUGGCUGACCGAGGGUGUCAUCAUCACUGUGAAGCCUCGUGGGAGGCGGGCUGGGGGGCAGCUUGUAGAGAAGGUCGUCUUCCCUCCCGGCUCCCCUGUUCCUCUAAGAAGAACCUUCUCUGCUCUGGCUUCUCCUCUUUCUCCUGUCCCUUUGCUCUGGCAGCACAAAGACGCCUCAGCCCGCAGCCCUUCUCCCUCGCCCAGCCUGCCUGCCCCCUCCUCCCUGGGGCCCUCCACUCUUGCCCGAGGUUCCCCUGGGGUCCUGAGUGCUGCAGCAGGGCUUCGGGAGGAGGGUGUGCGGGGCCCCACCCCUCCCGCUCCUGCACCCCACACUUGGAGGUCCGUGGGCUGCCAGACCGACGAGGACCCGCUCUUCCCCCCGAUGCAGAUCCAGGGCCUGGAGCAAGUGGUGGAUGGAGAAGCGUGGGCGGCCAGCUGGCCUCUGAGCGACAGGCAGAGCAGUCCCGAAGGGCAGGACAAGGGAGGGUUCAUGGCCCAGGGGAAGACGGGGAGCAGCUCUCCCCCUGGGGGGCCCCCGAAACCUGGGAGCCAGCUGGAUAGUAUGCUGGGAAGCCUGCAGUCUGACCUGAACAAACUGGGGGUCGCCACAGUUGCCAAAGGGGUCUGCGGGGCCUGCAAGAAGCCCAUUGCUGGGCAGGUUGUGACCGCCAUGGGAAAGACGUGGCACCCGGAGCACUUCGUCUGCACCCAUUGCCAAGAGGAGAUCGGAUCCCGGAACUUCUUUGAGCGGGAUGGACAGCCUUACUGUGAAAAGGACUAUCACAACCUCUUCUCCCCGCGCUGCUACUACUGCAACGGCCCCAUUCUGGAUAAAGUGGUGACAGCCCUUGACCGGACGUGGCACCCUGAGCACUUCUUCUGCGCCCAGUGUGGAGCCUUCUUUGGUCCCGAAGGGUUCCAUGAGAAGGACGGCAAGGCCUACUGCCGGAAGGAUUACUUUGACAUGUUCGCGCCCAAGUGUGGCGGCUGUGCCCGGGCCAUCCUGGAGAACUACAUCUCGGCCCUCAGCACCCUCUGGCAUCCGGAAUGCUUUGUGUGCCGGGAGUGCUUCACGCCCUUUGUCAACGGCAGCUUCUUUGAGCACGACGGGCAGCCCUACUGUGAGGUGCAUUACCACGAGCGUCGAGGCUCGCUCUGCUCGGGCUGCCAGAAGCCCAUCACGGGCCGCUGCAUCACCGCCAUGGCCAAGAAAUUCCACCCGGAGCACUUCGUCUGUGCCUUCUGCCUCAAGCAGCUCAACAAGGGCACCUUCAAGGAGCAGAACGACAAGCCUUACUGUCAGAACUGCUUCCUCAAGCUCUUCUGCUAGGCACCCUUCAUGGUCCCCCUGCCCUGGCCCAGCCUCCCCAACGGCUACUGUGACCCAGAGGCCUCGCCCAGGGGUGAAGGGGCAAACCCGACCGAAACUGGAACCCGUACCCUCGGCUGGUGCAGGAUGGCGAGAGGCCCUGCUCUUCUUUCCCCUGCCAGAGCCUCUGGGCCUUCCUCCUGCAGCCCUCCCCCGGCUGUCAGCUCUUCGUCCUCCCCGGAGCGGAGGCUGGAGGGCCCCGCCCUGCACCAUGUGUGUCCCCGCCAACCCGCCUGGCCAGGCCAGCAGCCCACACUGGAGCCAUCUUUUACUCCUACUUUGGCAGUGGAGCCAGGGGCAAGGGCAGGCAGGGUCAGACGGGGUCUUUUUUUUAUCCUUCUCCCCGAUUCUGACCUGACCUAUCUUUGUCCUGAGAGUACUGGGGGAUACCGGCUCCCUUCAGACAAUGCCAGCAUAAAUUCAUCUAUCCAAGGGUGGAAGUGUUUGAGGAGCCGCGGAAGGUUUCUUGUGCUCCUGCCCUUCCGGUCUCCCCGGGCCUGGGCCGCUGCCCCCCGAGCCCCCAUAACUGCUCUGGUUCUACUGAGAAAGGCCUCUCCAGCAAUAAUGUUUUAUAGUCACUUCCUCCGUCUCUGGGACGGUGUGAGGUGGGGAGUUACCCCCCCUGUGCCUGGACACUGUACCGACUUUGAUAGAUUUCUACACUGAGGUUUGAAUUCAUAUCGUCUGAGUUGCUUUUACUUCUCUAUAUACAAAAUGAUUUUGAAGAGAUUUUAAAGAUGUCCCCUUUUGUACUCUGCUCAUCCAUGGCCACUGGUCCUGUUGGUGACAAUGGCUGUGGUGUGGGGUUUGCCUUGUACUGAGGGCUUGGGGGUGGGGAAGCAAUUUGUAUUUUAUUUUUUCUUAGCACAAGCAGGUGAACCGGGAGCAGCUCUCUGACUCCCCUUCCUUAACUUCACAGCUCACCAGGACCGUUUGAUAAACUGCUGUAUUUUAAAUCCCCUUCCUGGAUACUACCUGGGCCAGCAAGCUCUUAACUGAAACUGGCCUCAGGGUGUCUUGCCCUUUGGGGCCUAGAAUUCUGAACCUCAUCUGUCCUGUUCCUGAGGGAGGAGAAGGGGAAAGUACACUUUGGGGGUGCUGAUUCCUGUCCGAGUAAGCCAUCAGGAGCAUUUGCUCCCCUGUGAACUUUCUGGCAGCAAAGAGAACCCACCGAAUAUUCUCAGCCUCCUCAUUGCUUUUCUGUGGCUCUUCUGUCUUCUGAGGAAAGCUGGUGUCUGGUAUUGACCGUGGGUCUUGUUGAUUCCACUGGGCCCGUCAUUUCCCCAAACUUGCUGCCCUUCCUGGAGACUGGAGGUCUGGGGAAAGGGCCCAGGUGGUUGCAAGGGGGCCUGAUAGGACUCGGCGGAGGGACAGAUCCUGCUAAAGUAGUGGGACGCCUCCAGAGCUCUGGCCCCCGUGGAGGAAACGGGAGCAGGCAGGCCUGGGGUUCUGGGUCAGCAGAAAGGGGCCCCCGUGGGGUCUAAAGUGAGGAAGAGCCGGACCAUUCCACUAGCCUCAGAGCAGAGGCUGAGCGUGCGGGGGUCUCGGGAGAGGGUCCCCUCCUUUGAGGCAGGAUUGGGAGCAGCCCCGGUCUGAGGACGUCAGCCAGGCCCCUCCAAAGGUCUGAUGUCUCCACUUCUACCCAUAGGCCUUAUUGCUCUGUUUACAGUGACCUGCCCCAGGCCCCUCCCCUAGGGGGGGACUGGGGUUUCUGGGGUCCAUCCUCUGGGUCAGUGGUUAUUUGAUGAUUUUAUUUUAUUUUUUUCCUCUGUAAACUUCUAACCUGGCUUUUCCCCGUGUCAGUUCCUGUGAUUUAUGCCAAUAAAGUUUGCCAUUAUUUUCACCCA